AUGGAUAAGCCCUCCGGACCCACAAAGGGGAACAAAGAGGUGCAAAUAAGGACCCCCCUGCGUUUUCUUGAUCAUGCAAAGUUGAGGAAAAACCAGCAACUUGAAACAGUAUUAAGGCAAGAAUGCUUAAAUUCGCAUUCCGCAUCCAUUGCCACCACCACAUAUAUCGGGAAAAUCUUCAAUGAUCGUAUCGAAUUUGCUGCAGAAAAAAAUGCCAAAAAACCACCAAUAAAGAAGAUCAAAUUUACACAGGUGGAAAGAAUUAUACCAAAUGACGAUGACCUCUGUGUUCAUGUGGGUUGGCGACAGGGCAAAUCAGCCUUAGUUACCUCCUUUGCAUUCACGGAACAAACCGUUUAUAAUGGAUUUAUAAACAACCUCGAAAAUAAGCGAGGAUUCGUGCCGGAUUCGAAAAAUCGAGCAAGCCAAAGUGCAAAGGCGGGGACAUCCCAACGCAUAAGUAAUUCUUCUCCUUUACCGGAAUCAAAGGAGAACUUGAAACAGGAUGAAACUGCCUCAGAGCUGCCAAUUCAUAGACUUUUGAAUGCAGGCUAUGCAACGAGUUACAUUAUGUGGGAGGAACCUGAGGUGAGAGCCCACCAUGAUCUGAUGUCUACUGACUUGCAUAUGUCAAUAAAUAAAGCCUCUAACAUCUUGGAAACCAGUGGUGUUGAGGGGGAGGGGACAGUGGGGCAAGAGGAGGAGGAGGAGGAGGAGCAAACGGUGACCAGAGAUGAAAGUGCAGAUGCGAUACACCACUGUCCGUGUUGUGUACAACGCUCUGGCAUUAACCUGAAGCUUUCAAACCAUCAUCCCAAGGCUUAUGCACCGUCAUCGGAGAAAUGCCAAUCAUAUUCGAACUUCCCUGUCAAUUUGUCCCACAACUACAAGUGCUAUCGUCCUCACCAUCCAAGGACAGAGUCAUCAGUGACAGGGGAAUCUUUCACUGAUUAUGAUGAGUCCACGUUAGAGACCCUUGAUGACAGCGAUUCAGCAAUGCUGUAUCCACCAAGAUCUCGACCCAGAUCCCUACCUCCACCAAUUGACUGCUUGAGAAAUGUUGCCAGGCCAGCUGCAUCGAGACAGCGGCACCAGCCAACCCAACAUCGGCACAAAAACAUGUUCAAAGAGCCGCGUAGACAUCAACGAACAUGGACCAUUGAUUCGUCGUCAUCUUCGGGUUAUACUAGCUCCACCUUUCAUGAAGAUAGUCUAGAACUAAUUGUUGAUCCCACAACCGCUGGGCAAUACAUCCGAAACCAGAAACGCUAUGUGACAGGAAGAGUACGAUCAAAAGCUAGGAAAGAGCCAGUCUUCUAUUAUCGAAAAAAUAUUCCCAGUUUGCCUCCAUUCCCUCGAGUAAGAAAUUAUGAUCAGCUCCACGCAGUUAUUUAA